CAUGACAGGAUGGUAGGGGUUAAGAGUUUUGGUAAUACCUUUCAGCGUAGUCAAGGCAUGGGUGAAACUGUAGCGCAACUCUAGAUUGGUCGGACCGUCCCUCACAAGUGAAUGUUAGACCACGACAGUCGACCGCAGAAUCAUCUCUUAACAUGUUUACUUUUUUCAUUCGAUAGGACGAGAACGAGUCGUGCGUGUGAGUGUACGUUUUCAAAAGCUAUGUUUUUGUACUUUCUACUCGAAGACAGGCUACCGAAGUCGGAAUAAAACUAUUCAUUUUCAAAGUUUGUAUUCGUUUAAGAAACCGUUUACCAUUAACCUGCAAUCAGCACUGACUUGUUGUGCCAUUUUAGUUGUCUACGGUAUAUUUGACUGAAGUUGAUUGUGUGAGAUGAUGGAAUUUUAUUUAAAUACAUAAAUUCUGUUCAAACCUUUUUAGACUUCUUUCAACAAUAUUACUAACUACUCACCACGAGCUACGUUUCUGGAGUUGCCUAUAAUAUGGAGAUUCCCGUUCCAUUAGGAGGAGUUUGUGACUCCCCUAACAUAGUUUUUCGAGGACCUUACCAAAACGUUUUUCACAACGUGCGAGUUGCUCUGCCGAAUAACGCUGUCAACGAAAGCUUGGACUACAGUAGUUCCAAGUACAGUUUCUUGCAAAAUAAGCACUCCUGGGAGAUGCGCCAAACUAAUCGACAAUCACCCCGCAAAGAAAUAUGGCCAGGGACUGCUCGUAAUUCAGAUACCGAGGUAAGAGAAGGUGACAGUAUUGGUUUUUACAGAACACUCGAAGCACAAGCAAGUCGUAUCCAUUUUGUGAAAAGCUCAACAGCAACAAAAAACUGUUUGAAUGGAUCAGACAUUGCAGACAACGGAUCCUGUUGCACUGUCCCGCAAGUAUUCACGGAAAAACAACGCUGUCAACCAGCUGUGCCCCGUCACGGAAAGGAGUUAAGUCCUAACGGUGACGCCUGUGCGGCGAGUACCUGCUCCAACACUGCCUGCACCACCAUCUCAGAAACGGCGAGGGAGCUGUGCAAGGCUGUCUCUGUGUCUCUUGGACUUAACAUGGACUCGAAUGAGAUGACUGAUAUGGGACAUAAUCACAGUAUCUCCAUCUCAAAUGACCAAACUCAAGGAAACUACUUGUUUGACGUUCCUUUAAUUGAUUGUCCUGGGUCUGAAAAAGCUACCUCAGAUUACAAGUGCCAUAUUGAUCGCGGUCCCAGAUCACUACAAAGCGAUAAAGAAAUUCCGAUAUAUAAAAGUUCCACCGUCACUGAAAUUGCAGAGAACUCCGCGGCUCUCCAACAUGUCAGUUCCGCACACCAAUCUAUGGACGGUCAGGAGUUUGGACUGAGUAUAAAUGAUGGUGACUUAACUUCAAAAGAAACUUCUAUGAACAGAGAGGAUGCGCCUUCUGUCUCUUGUCCCUUUGAUCAACUUUUUUACGCUAACUUGCCACAAUUCAGUCAAAGUGACCCAGACAGCAGCUCGUCUCAUGUCUUUUACAAACCCCUUGCUCAAUUCGGUGAAACCGGACAGACUAUGGAGGAUAAAUAUGUAGACUAUCUCCAUCAGCAACACAGUGUUAAGGUUAAAUCUGAGGCCAUCAAUAAUGAAUCAUCAGGAACACCAUGGGGCCUGCAUUAUAGGUACGAUGAAAACGUACAUUAUGGACCCUCCAGACAGAACAUGAAUACAAGUAAUGCGGCACCAGAAGCAACGUUCAUAUGCAACCCGUAUGAAUACGACAAAGGGGGUCUCGUGCACCGCGAACGGCCAAAUCUCGAGGCGUGGUACCCCGGCGCAAUUCUGGGACGGGUGACCUACCCCAACUCUAACUGCAUCAAGAAUGAAGUUGGAGACUGGCUGGAUGUAGCAUACAGUGACCCCAGGUUUGAAAGUGGCAGGGAGCACAUGUUCCCUAUGGAAUUCUUCUUCCCACCACAAAGAACCUGCUUGAUCUGUGCCGACGAAGCUUCUGGCUGCCACUACGGCGCGCUCACCUGCGGCAGCUGCAAAGUGUUCUUUAAGAGGGCUGCAGAAGGGAAACAGAAAUAUCUAUGUGCAAGCCGAAAUGACUGCACCAUUGACAAGCUCAGGAGGAAAAACUGCCCAUCGUGUCGCCUGAAGAAAUGUUUUGAGGCUGGUAUGACUCUGGGAGCUCGUAAACUCAAGAAGAUCGGACAGCUGAAGACUCAGGAAGAUGAUCAGCCCAGCCAGGGUCAUUCUGAGGCUGUCCAGGUCCUCUCUCCCCGGCCCAGCCUCAGCUUCCACUCCCAGCUGGUGUUCCUCAACAUCCUGGAGUCCAUCGAGCCCGAGGUGGUGAACGCCGGUCACGACCAUGGGCAGCCAGACUCCGCCGCCAACCUGCUCACCAGUCUCAACGAGCUCGGGGAGAGACAGCUGGUCAAGGUGGUGAAGUGGGCGAAAGGCCUGCCAGGGUUUCGAAAUCUGCACGUGGAUGACCAGAUGACCGUCAUUCAGCACUCCUGGAUGGGGGUGAUGGUGUUUGCCUUGGGGUGGAGGUCCUACAAGAAUGUCAACGGCAGAAUGCUGUACUUUGCUCCUGAUCUCGUGUUCAAUGACCAUCGGAUGCAUAUUUCCUCCAUGUACGAGCAUUGUCUCCGGAUGAGACACCUGUCCCAGGAGUUUGUUAUGCUCCAGGUCACGCAGGAGGAGUUUCUCUGCAUGAAGGCCCUACUUCUCUUCAGCAUCAUUCCAGUAGAGGGUCUUAAGAGUCAGAAGUACUUUGAUGAGUUGCGUUCUACCUACAUCAAUGAACUGGAUCGUCUCAUCAGCUAUGGGAGAAAGCCAAAUUGCUCACAAAGGUUCUAUCAACUCACACGCCUCCUGGAUUCUCUCCAGCCGACCGUAAGGAAACUCCAACAGUUUACGUUUGACCUCUUUGUCCAGGCUCAGUCCUUGCCCACUAAGGUCAGCUUCCCUGAGAUGAUUGCUGAGAUCAUUUCAGUACAUGUGCCAAAGAUCCUGGCAGGUUUAGCUAAACCGAUUCUGUUCCACAAGUAGUGGGAUUGAUUAUCAUCUGAAGAAAAGAGCAGAUCUGAUCCUGCCUCUAAAAAUGAAAGCCAAGGUUCUGUAUUGCUUCCCUGCAAUUCAGUUUCUUUUUCUCCAAUUUACCUGAUAGCUCAGCGUACCCUUCUAUAAUCAUGACAUCACCAGUAGCAGUAGUGUUCUUGCUUAUCUGACAUAAUUGAGAUCAUUUUCUCAAUUCGACAGCCAAGUUUUGGCAUUUAUCUCAAGAGUUGCAAAGUGUCACCUUGUUGACAGCCCUAUCUCAUAUUUCUAGGGAAGGAAAAUCACAUAGUACUUUUAGGGUCCGAAGUGAGAUGAAAACAACAUCCAUUACUGAUCGUUUAACUCAUCUAUGCACAAAUUGGAACAUGUAAGAUCUUGAUAUGUACAUUUUGAAUUGUUUAUCUAAAGUUAUGCAGAUAAUUCCUGAAUACUUCUUCAUAUACAUAGACAGUAGUUUAUCUGUAUUUAGUAACUGUUCCAUUCAUGUAUUAGACUAUGUACCCACAGUACAGUUAUCACACAUACAAUACAAAAUACAUCAAAAUAGUAGUUGCACUUACAGCUUUCUGGUAUACAGUUUAGAUCAGAUACAUAUAUACGCACAGCUUUUCUAAUGAUGCUGUCAUGAUUUUAUCUAGUUUUAAUUUGUAAAUUAAUAUGCUUUUUUUUUACCAGUUGCAAGCCGAGUUCUUCUGUGGAUCUCUCUGUUUAGAAUUUAAAGAUCAAACUCAAAGUGUAACUAGUUUAAAUAUCGUGUGAGUAAUAAUUGGGGAAAAUUGAUGGUCAAACCGAACAUACAUAAAUUGUUUCACCAGUUUCAAUGUUUAAAACAUGCUGGUUUUGCUUGCCCGUAACGGCCCAUCUCUGUAUUUGAACACAAUUUAUUAGUGGCAUCUGAACAAAGAUGAACUGGUCAUCUUAAAUAAGUGCUUGUUAAAAUGGAAUUAAAUGAAUUUAAUCUAAACAUGACAUGGCAUAUUAGUAGCAGUUGAAAUGGUAUAAACAUUGCAGUCAAAAAAGCAAUUUUUAUGACCUUGACAUUUGCGAUAAGUAAAGGGUUAUUUGGGAUUCACAGAAACAUUCUACUUUCUUUAAUCCAGUUACAAUAUGCUCUUAAUGUGAAUAUAGCAACAAUAUUUUAAGACAAUCUUGCUCACUGUACCAAGGACCUUGAUUUGUGUUUGUGAUAUUGCAAUACCUGUGAGCUUUACUAACUGCAUGCAGAUUCCAUGUGGCCCUUUGUAAUUUUCCAAAACAUAUAGGUGUACUGUAUAUCUUGCAAGUAGGCCCUAUAGUACAACUAUGAUAGUUACUGUUUUCAAUAAUCUCUUGUCUAACUGCAUGUUUAAAUUGUAUUAGUGUAAAUUCAGUAAAGAAGUCAAAUAGAAGUAAAAUAGUAUUGUGCUUGACCAUGAUAAUUUGAAACAUAUACCAUUUUGUCCACAAGAAGAUUGCUUUCUGUUACUUCAGGGUGAUCAAAACUACAAUAAGUGCCAAAAUAUGACUAUUCAUUUGCCCUAGCUAAUCACUGAAUCACAUGAACUUUCUGACACUGCAUUCUUACACUAAAACAUGUUUUAAUACACAAGGCGAAACACCAAUCAAGUGAAACAUUUAAUUACAAGUAAGGUAGGAGGAAAAGUGUUUUUUAUGUUGGUUUCUAUGUGGCAUUUUAAUUUGACACAAACAAGUCUUUUUCUGCUAGCUGUGGCGUAAAUUGCUCUACUAAAUUAAUUUGUAUCAGAUUUUAGGUGUAACAUCUGUAAAUGUUCCGUGUAAAACCUGUAAAUGUGUUAAAUGUCUUAACC